AGAGAGACACGCCAGAGCAAACUCCUCGAGACACCCCGAGCCUGCAGAGCUCCUUUGGGAUGCCAGCAGCCACCUCCAGCGCGGCUCGGCUUUGAGAGAAUGCCCACGGCCGUGUUCUGAAGGCUGGACCCAACAGCAAGGCUGUGGCAGCAGCGUGGGGUGACUGACGGGACCCAGGGCGCUUGGCACGCUGCUGGCGAGCAUCCCAGCCUCUGCCCCUGCUGCAGCUCAGCCUCCCCAGCCUCGAGACUGGAUUCUUGCUGGGUUCGCCUCGUCUCACAAGGAAUGGACCUCCCUAUCGUUCAGUUCAUCACAGGACUGGCAUUACUUAUCAAAGUAGAAGAAGGUGGAUAAGUCAAAGCUGGGAAGGACCUAAAAAAGCUUCUUUGUCGUCUUAUUUUAUGGAAUUCUCCUACCUACCUCGCACAGUUCUCAUCUCCUUGAUCAGAAACACCUCUGGCGCUGACUUUGAGAAUGAGCGGUGAUGUCCUCUAGCCAUCCAUAACAUCCUAGCCAAGCUGCCUCUGCUUCAAGCCCCAUUUCAAUGUGCCGCAGCUGACUGAGACCUCGUGUCUUCUGCAAAUAGACUGGCAGCAAGCUGACAGUCAGAUAUGACUGUCCAGAAACUGGUAGCCACAGCUGUGUUGGUAGCCCUGGUCUCACUGAUCCUUAACAACGCAGCUGCCUUUACUCCCAACUGGGUGUACCAGACCCUGGAGGACGGGCGCAAGCGCAGCGUGGGGCUCUGGAAGAUGUGCUGGCUGGCAGAAAGGAGCAGAGGAGGUGCGAGCACGAGUGCCAGGCAUGGGCAAGGGGAGGAGCGCGAGUGUGAAACCCUGGGCUGGGGUUCAGAGUCAGCUGGGUUCCAGGAGUCUCGCAGCACUGUCAAACUGCAGUUCGACAUGAUGCGUGCCUGUAACCUCAUCGCCACGGUUGCUCUGACUGCUGGCCAGCUCAUCUUCGUCCUGGGCCUGAUGGAGCUCCCCAUCAUUUCUCAGGAUACACAGUGGUGGGAGGAGGCCAUAGCUGCUGUCUUUCAACUUGCCAGUUUUGUUCUGGUUAUUGGAUUGGUGACUUUCUACCGCAUCGGACCCUACACCAACCUCUCUUGGUCUUGCUAUCUGAACAUUGGAGCCUGUCUUUUGGCCACGUUGGCAGCUGCUAUUCUCAUAUGGAACAUCCUUCACAGGCGUGAGGACUGCAUGGCACCCCGGGUCAUCGUCAUCAGCCGUACCCUGACCGCUCGCUUUCGCCGUGGCCUGGAAAAUGACUACGUGGAGUCACCGUGCUGAAAGAGUGGACUUGAAAGGGGAAAGGUCUCCAAGGAGAUCUGCAUUGGAGUUGUUUUCUAUAAAUAUAUGCUAUAAUUUAAAAGUAAGGGUUGAAAGACAUCACAAAGCUCACUCUUGUGGGCAAAGGCCCUCAGCUACUAUUUGGAUGGGCUCCAUCUAUAUAUAUAUAUAUAUAUGUAUAAACCACAUAAUUUUAUAUAUAUUAUAUUAAAUUGCCCUUUCCCUCUGCUGUACAGCACAGAAUGUUGGAUUGUCAGAAUCCUGACAGAGCUUCACAGCUACAUGUCAGCAGGGUCAGCUGUAGCAGACACAAAGUGUGUGCAAUGAGAAUACAGGAAAGAGGCAACCAAGCACAUUUUCUCUGCAUAAAGUUAUCCUGCUCCCUAAUAAUAACGUCAAAACCUAUAGGAGACCAGUGACAACAGCUUUGGAGCUAACAGGCAGUCUAGGAAAGCAGAAAACUCACAAUAGAAUAAGUGAUGAUUUUAACAGCUGUUUAAUUUCAUGGUUCUUUGGUUCUUCCAUCCACCUCUCUUCAAGGAGCUUCUCGUUAGCUGCAACAUCUGCUCCCCAGCCACAGCAUAGCCCAGACAGUAAAAAACAAAAGCAACCUUAACCAUUCUAAUUGUAAAGUAAGGGAGUGCAGAAGAAUCAAGUUGCCUUUUUUUUUGGACACUUUUGUAUCCUGAGACAAAGGUUUGGUUUAUCCUACAUGUCAGCAGGCAUGCCGUUAAAAAUGAGAAGGGUACGCAGCCAGACUGGGCCAUGCAUGUUGCUGAAAAAUCCACUUCAGGGUCUCAAUGAGGGCAGGUAUCUACAGAAGGUCACCUGAACUUCCUAAUCAUCACAGAUACUAUCAAUGCACAUUAUUGGAAGUAAUUAUUAAGCACAGACAUUGCAUCUCAAAUCAAUUCCUUGUUUCCCCAGCUUGCUUUAACAUUUGCUGUGACACUUUCAGACCAGAGUGCUAUAGGUCAGGACACUCAGCUCUGCCCAGCAGCACUCAGAGGCACAGAGCAGACUGAACACUGGCAAAUGUAUCUAUCACUCAGACACUCACAUCUGAGAAUAAGACACAUACAGAGCACUUCAGCAUGAGACUGAAGAAAGACCUGCCUGGUAACUUAAUAUGGUGAUGAAAUGACAGUAAUUAGUACCUUUGGAACUAGGCAAAAUGUUUCUAAGCCUGACCCUGAGAAGUGCAGGGACUGAUGAAAGUCAUGUGCAUGGCACACUCAGAAGAAAAGAAAAACAGGUCAAAAACUAUUAUGUGAAAUACUCAGGAUACAGGAAGUUGAGGCAGAAUCAGAUGUUUCUAAACUCUGAGGAUGCUACAGUUACUGAUGGGUUUGGAGGUUCAUGAGCUGUGAAAGUUACAGAUCCUUUAGGACUGUUGUGUUGCUCCCAGCUGAGCGCACUGCUUUUCUCCUUUAUCAUCAUUUCCAGCAUACUUUUCUACACUUUGUUAAAAUGUGAUCAUCAAGCUGGCUCUUGAGUUCUGUUCUGCACUCAGUUCUGAUGUGAUAAGAAACUCAACCCCAACUGCUGCUCUGCACUCUGUUGCAAGGGAGCAACGCUCUGCAGAGCCUGAUGCUCUAGAACAACUGCAUUGCUCUAGAGCAUCAGGGUAGAAGACCAGAAAGCUGACAAAGAGUUUCUUAUAGCAGUAGGUUUGUAAAAACCAACUAAGAUUUGUAUUCAUUUGCCUGCAUUAGUUU